AUGGGCAAACAGGUUGCUCGAUUGAUCCAGGUUCCAUCCAUUACGGAUCGCGACCUGUGGUUUGUUGGCUCGGAUGUCUUCCUACCUCAGUGGCCACCUCUUGGCGACUUUGACUAUACGCCGAGUUUCUUCAAAACUUGCCUUUUCCCAAGCCAAGUGAACAUCAACGCUCCCUACCCACAGCCGCUUGAGGAACUGCGGCACAACAGCCAGAAUGAUGUUGCUAGACCAUGCCAAGCCUUCGGACAGCCUGGCAAUGUAUUAUAUAGCUCGCAGGAUCCGGCCAAUUUGAGCCCUGGAGGUUCCCAAACCAACAUCCCUCGACGGCAGUUCGAAUGCGACGUUCGGGGAUGUGAGAGUCAUUUCAAACUUCAAAAGACCCUUAAUCGUCACCUGGCAAGCCAUUCAGGGGAGAGGCCUCAUGUUUGCUGGGUACCUGGCUGCCAACGCCGCUUCUUGCGUCGCGAUAACCUCAAAGCCCACUAUACAACACACGGGAAACGUAGGGGCCACAAUCGAUAUGUGGCUACCCUGGAUAAGACAGCACCUGUCUAUAACCCUGAAUUCUGUGGGCAGCUAACGCCCGAAGGAUGGGCACUGGACUACGUUGGCCAAGAUUGA